AAAAAAAACACAAAACCAACUUUUUCACCAUUUCACCCUCGCUCGUCUCGUUUUGCGAAUCGGAUGUUUUGAUAGGGCGUGGAAUUAGUUAUUCCUAAGCUUUUUCCAGCCAAUAUAGCGGAAAGUCUUGGGAAUUUUGGUCUUUGAUCAAAACGAAGACUGAAAGACGAUAAUCUACUCGGGGCACGUGAGCUUCGAACUCGUAUCAAAGGAAGACCGCUUUUACAUAAAAUACAUACGUGCAAAGGAUAAAAAUGAAGCGGACUAAUAAUUCGAGUAAUUUUGGAUACACGAGGCUGAGUCGGACGGUGAAGAGAACUCCAACAAGGCAAGAAGUUUUAGGUGGAAGUCCUAGUCCAGGUGGUGGAGGCCAAGUUGCUAAGAAAAAAAUUUCAGUAAUCAAGCCGACUUUGUCAGAGGAAGGAAUUGACAAAAUGGUGAAGGAGCGACUUUAUAAGAGGUGCGGAAACCAAAUUCCUCUGCAAAUGCCCGCUGGCCUAAAUCUCGAAUUGGCUCCUUUGCACAAAUGCGAAGACUGUGGAGACUCAUUUGUGAAUGAGAUGACGUACAAGCAGCACAUCACAAGACGGACGAUGAAAAUCACAGUUCGAGACGCAGGGAAAGAGCCAGAGGUCUAUUUCAACCGGUGCAACUUCCUGAGUGGCAUGAGAAAGAACGGCCGCUCUCAGCAAAUGGUUGAGAAACUAAGUGUCAAGGUGGAGCCUCUGAUAAGAGAACUGUCCCAUCUGCUGCAUGGCGGAGAUCUGGACCUGGGGGAGUUGAACAAGUGCUCGCAGGAAUUUUACGAAAGAGUUCAGUCUAGUGGCCGACUGAGAAGGACCAAAGUGACAAGUGGUGAGAUCACAGACCACUUCAAAGUUCGGGUCUCGCAACCGGGAGGAACGGCCAAAGCUGCUGACAAAUCGGAGCCCUACCUGAUCGCCCCAUUCGGUAUGAAAUGCCCCGAGUGCGAGUCUCACAUGGCCACCAGGCUGAGACUCAAACAGCACCUGGACUUUGAAGGGCCAGUCGUCAAAAUUUGCUCCAUUUGCCACUUGCCGAUGCCGAACGAGUGCAGCCUCAAGGCCCACGAGAGGCUGCACACUGCGGCUGCGGCCGGCAACUCUUUGAUGUGCCCCGACUGUGGCAUCCAGUUUCUGUCCCGGGAAAUGCUCUUGGUGCACAUCCAUCAAGAUUGCAUGCACGGCUUUCUGAGUGCCACCUUCCAGUGUCCUCAGUGCUGCAAACUGCUCUCCUCGUCUAUUAGUUUAGAGGCUCAUUUACUCAACGAGCACACUGUAAAGGUCUACAAGUGCAGCUUAUGUCACUUGGUCGAGUCAACUCCCGAUGAUAUGAACAAGCACAUUUUUCACAAUCACAUUGAUAGUGGCAGGAUGAGCGCCAAAAAGGUGGUUUUCAACAAUUGUGAGCUCUGUCCAGGACGGUACAUCAAAAGCAACGAUAUCCUCUUCCACAUUCACCGACACGCUGAAGAAGCCGACUCCCUCGUUUGCUACGUCUGCGCUCCCUGCAACGUUUACGUCGAAACCAAAGACGAGUUCCGGGAGCACAAAACCAUUUGCAAGCAGACCGUCUCCAAAUUCUGCAUUGUCGACACCUCGGUUGCUGACAAACCAAAGAGCAAACAAAGCAGUCCCGACCGAACCGAGGAGGCCGACUCGCCAAAACCAAAAAUCAGCAAGCAGGAAUCGACACCAGAUAAAAAACUAUCCCCAAAAUCGGAACUGUCCCAAAGACGCAAGUCAGACGAAGACCUGCCCCCUGCCAAAAAACACUGUGUCAGGUGCGGGCAGCCGACCAAAGCGACCAAGAACACCGUCUGCAUUCAGUGCCGCACAAACCGAGUCAGCGUCCUUUCUGAUGAUAGUCCUUUCAAGCAGCGCCUAACCAUAACGCAGAGAGGCGUAGCCGUCGAGGAAAUAGACACGGACGCUUUCGAGGACGCCGUCAUGGGCAAGAAGAAAGUCGACAACAUUUACAACUGCUACAUCUGCAAGGAAAAGUUGGUGAGCAAAUUUGGCGACGUCGAGCACCACUUCCAGGAGAAGCACCGAAUAAACUUCACGAGCAAGAAGAUCAACACGAAGAAUUUCCGAGCCCAGUUGGAGUUGAUGAAAAACGCGUAUCAGGAGACAAAUGACUCAAAGUUCAGCUGCAAGCUGUGUCUCUUCAAGACGGACAACGAGUCCGAGUUCAAUCGCCACCUGCUCGAACACAAACCCCUGAAACCAAUUUCGUAUAUUUGCAAAAGAUGUCAGAUCAGUUUUGCGAUGAAAUCGUGUCUUUCGGAACAUCUGCAAAAGAGGCACGGCGUGUCAAACACGGACGCCUACUUGAAGGAGACGGGCCAGAUGAUGAACCGGAAAGAGUCACCUGCUAUGAAGGAGAACCAGUGCAGGGUGUGCUACAAGGAGUUCGCCACCAACCUGGAGCUCAACACCCACUUCAGGAUGCACGGGAUGGCCUUCCUGAUGAACAAAACGCGCUUUGCCUAGCAGAGUAACAGUGCCCAAGGGACGCACUAGAUUCUAAAACUGAUCAAAUCCGAAUAGUCUCUUUCAUCUUUUACCCCCAAAAGUUUUAAAUUUCAGUUUCUUUUGAUGUACCCCCAUCGAUAAGUUUUUAAUAUUGAUUGAAACCUGGACAAUGAAGUGUGCCAUAAUGUUAUUUAGAAUUAAUAUAGAUCAACAUAACAGCCUGGGAGGCUUUAAUCUGACUUAGGUAAAAAAAAUCAUUAAAGUAUGUAAUAUAUUGAAUGUAAUUCUGUAAUUGUCACUUGACGCUAAUUGUCAAAAAUAUUUAGUGUGUAAUAUAGUGGCUGUCAUUUAAUGCUUAUAGAAUUUCCACUAUAAUUAAUGUGAUCAUUUCUCCUGUUGCAUAUUUAAAUCUAUAGAAACAUAUAUAUGGAUAUUAAAUAAUCCAAAUAAUCGUGUAACUUCCUAUUUAACGUUGCGCAAAUAAACCGUUUUCGUGCAUUGAA